AUGAGCCCUCCAGACAAACGCGGAGGCUCCGCCGCCUCCAAGGGCCCGACUCAUGUCUUCCGCGGCGGCAGCCCCCGAAAAGAGCUGCCCGCAUCCGCCUCCUCCCCCUCCUCGUCGUCUGCAGUGCGCACCAGCAGCGUCAUUGCAGCUCCGCCCCGAGCCCAACUCAGCUCCUCGCCGAGUCCCGAAGGCCAGUCUCGCACGCCAAGCGGCAGUGGCCCUCCGCUCAAGAGCACCGGCAAUGGCACCUCAACGCCCUUGUCCCGGCGUAGCAGCAAUGCGCAGAGCACACGAUCUCUCGCGGUCUCGGCAGUCUCCUCCGCAGAGGCUGGGUUGAAGGAGAAGGACACGCGGAUAUCCAUGCUGGAACGCGAGAUGGAGCUCAUGGAAGCCGAGUUCCAGCGGGAGCUUGAUAAGCUCUCCCGCAACGAGAGCGAGACUGCCUCGUUCUGGCAGGCCAAGCACAGCGCGCUGAAUCAGCAGUUCCUGAGGACCGACACCGAGCUGCGGCUGCUCCGGGACGAGAUGCGUGCGCGUGAGGCAGAGACCGAAGACCUUACCAGGGGCUGGAGAGACGCGCUGAGGGCAGAGCUGAACGGUCGCGAGGACGAGAUAAGAGGUCUGCAGGCGCAGAUCAGGGGCCUGAAGGAGUGGGUCAGUACCAGCACGAGGGCUGAUGGCACCACAAGCGACGAGGUCUUUGGGUCUGGCAUGGCAAAUCUGGGCAAUGGCCUCCAGAACUGGGUCAUCACAUACUUUCGGAAGGUCAGGGUUGACCUGUCCAAGGCAGGCGAGACGGCACUACAGGAGCUCGCCGAACUUGUGCCCAUGUACGAGGAGCUGGCCCAGACUGCCAAGAUCCAUCUCCUGCAGUCAGUCGUGUCCAGGAUCCUGGUGCACAGGAUAUUCAGAGCUUACUUUGUGGGCUUGUCACCUGACCAAGAGCAGCAGCUCAAGGAGACGGAGCGCACGAUGGCGUCUUUCGGAUCUGUCGAGUCUGUCAACCAAUGGCGCUCUGUGACCCUGGCGAUCCUGAAAAAGGAGGCGGCACAGAAGAUGCAGGUACAGACAAGGGAAACCGCUGACGAGGUGGUUGCCCACGUCAACAGGGUUGUGGACUCGGUCACUUCGGACAGCGCUGCCUAUACGGACGGCAGCACUGCGCCAGCAAGUUUAUCUACAGAGGCGAGAGACCUGGCAUUACGGCACAUCGUAAGCAGUGCCAUCGAACUGUCGCGCCUUCUCGUCGUGCAGAAGGCCGUCUUCGACGUAUGGAUGCCCGAGAUUGUGCCACAUCAGCAGGUCAUGUUUGAUCAUGCGACGAUGGACGAUAUCGGAGGUGAGGAUGAAGACUCCCUCGUCCAAAGAGAAAUAUCCUGUGUCACCUUUCCCGGACUCGUCAAACAAGGCGACGAGAAUGGCGGGCAUCUACAGUUUAGAAACAUUAUAUCGAAAGCCAGGUGCCACAUAGCGCAGACAGGGCGUCCAUGGUGUUUUUCCGGGUCCUUUGUGCGCAGGUGCUCCGGGGAAUCGGGAUCCGGCACCAAGACCUUGGUCAUUGACGGCGACCGCGCCAAUAAUUACCCAAGUCUCUCACCGAGGGCCCCCUCUUUGCAUCCAGUGCUCACAUUCAGUCAACUGGUGCUCUCGGUCCGUCUGGAGACUGCUGCGAGGACCCGUCCGGGUAGUCGGGAUAGCUUCCCAGCCGACACAGGGCCUGACGUGUAA